CGAUGCGCGCCGCUGCCGCUGCGUGGGGGUGAGGGGAUCAGUGUGGUUGAAAGGACAGAGGACUAAGUCCAUGGACUGGAAAUUGGAAGGGAGUACUCAGAAAGUAGAGUCACCUGUGCUGCAGGAGCAAGAAAGCAUCCUAGAGGAGACAGGUGAAGAUGGACUUCCUGAAGCCUUCCAGCUUCUGCAGAUCGAUGCGGAAGGCGAGCGCCAGGAGGGAGAGAUCCUGGCCACAGGCAGUACGGCAUGGUGCUCGAAAAAUGUCCAGAGAAAACAGACACACUGGGAAAAGAUAGUUGCAGCAAAGAAGAGCAAAAGAAAGCAAGAAAAAGAACGAAGAAAAGCCAAUCGUGCAGAAAAUCCAGGCAUUUGCCCCCAGCACAGCAAACGUUUCCUGAGAGCUCUAACCAAAGACAAACUUUUGGAAGCCAAACACUCAGGACCAAGACUGUGUAUCGAUUUGAGUAUGACCCACCACAUGUCAAAGAAGGAAUUAAGUAGACUGGCUGGACAGAUUCGAAGGUUGUAUGGUUCAAACAAAAAAGCUGACAGGCCAUUUUGGAUCUGCCUCACUGGAUUCACAACAGACAGUCCCCUUUAUGAAGAGUGUGUGAGGAUGAAUGAUGGAUUUUCUAGUUACUUGUUAGACAUAACAGAAGAAGACUGCUUUAGUUUAUUUCCUCUGGAAACCCUUGUGUACCUGACUCCUGACUCAGAACACGCUCUUGAAGAUGUUGAUCUAAACAAAGUUUACAUCCUCGGUGGGCUUGUGGAUGAAAGCAUUCAGAAGAAGGUGACAUUUCAAAAGGCCCGGGAAUACUCUGUCAAGACCGCACGCUUGCCAAUCCAGGAAUACAUGGUCAGAAACCAGAAUGGGAAAAACUAUCAUUCAGAGAUACUGGCCAUCAAUCAAGUGUUUGAUAUCCUGUCCACUUACUUAGAGACUCACAACUGGCCUGAAGCAUUGAAGAAAGGAGUUUCUUCAGGAAAAGGCUAUAUUCUUCGGAACUCAGUGGAAUGAUGGGCCUAAGAUUGCAGCUGCGUGGCCAGGUGCUCACGCCGUAAUGCCAACACUUUGGUAGACCAAAGUGGGCAGAUCACCUGAGGUCAGGAGUUCGCGACCAGCCUGGCCAAUGUGGUGAAACCCUUCUCUACUGAAAAUACAAAAAUCAGCCAGGUGUGGUGGCGUGCACCUGUAGUCCCAGCUACUUGAGAGGCUAAGGCAGGAGAAUCACUUGAACUCGGGAGGUGAAGGCUGCAGUGAACCGAGAUUUCACUAGUGCACUCCAGCCUGGGUGACAGCAAGACUCCAUCUCAAAAAAAAAAAAAAAAAAAAACAGCUGCAGGCGUGAGGUGCUUAGAGGCACCUUGACCCAAAGAGCAGGGCAGAGGGUGGCAGUGGCACAUAGGCACGUGUCUUUGCAUGACAUCUUCUCAGAGCUUCACAAUAAGCUAAUGUCAGGGACCACAUUUAAUGCUUUUUAAUCUCCCAUAGUGCCUGGCUCACAGGAAGUGCUCAGAUAUGUUAAGUAAUAAAAAGUUAACAUGGUGGAUGCAGUGGCUCACGCCUGUAAUCCCAGCACUUUGGGAGGCUGCGGUGAGUGGAUCACAAGGUCAGGAGUUCCAGAUCUGGCUAAUAUGGUGAAACCCCGUCUCUACUAAAAAUACAAAAAUUAGCUGGGCAUAGUGGCGUGUGCCUGUAGUCUCAGCUACUCGGGAGGCUGAGGCAGGAGAAUCGCUUGAACCCAGGCAGCAGAGGUUGCAGUGAGCCAAGAUCGUGCCACUGUACUCUAGCCUGGGCAACAGAGCAAGACUCUUGUCUCAAGGAGAAAAAAAAAAAUUAUGUAACAAGGAAUUAGCCUCAAAACCACAUGGCUUUGGAUGUGCUAAUUCAACUUUUGUACAUCUAUUUGUGAGAGACCUCUUAAAAUUGUUUAAAUGGUUAUAUCAAGAGUUUAAUAUUCACUAAACUGGCAUCAUAAAAUUGUAUGACUUUCUCCAGCCUUGUCUGAUCAUGCUCGUCGUUGCCCAGCUUGGUAAUAAACUUCGCAGGAUCCAGCCUGUUCUGACCUAUCCCUACUGAGUCCCCAUAGCAUUAUGUUCCCUCCUGUGGCUCUUACCCUGUUCCUUGCAGAGUAUGGGCAUGGAGGGCUUCUCUUCCUAAUCCUUCCUAAUGUAGGAUCCUAACAGGACAAAUCUGUGUACUUAUCUUUCUAUCCUCCCUGAGCCUGGUACUAACUAGAUUCUUCAUAUGUAUUUGUAACAGAUUAAAUUGUAAAGCAAACACAGUAUUGAUAAAAGUCUGUCUUGAAAAUAGCUAGAAAGUGUUAGACACAUGAACAGAUUAGACAACCUACUUAUUACACAAAUCUCAUGUUCCUUAUGUUCCAGUUGGACAUAUUUGCUUCAGUUACUCUGACGGUUUGGGUUAACUUGCUAGUUAAGCAGCUAGCAAAUUCGGGAAAUGUAUUCAGUAUCUCAAAAGAACCAAUAGAUUACUUCUCUGCUCUGUCCCCUCCCUUUCACAAUUUAAUUCCUAAGGAACUGUGUUCACCUAAUAAAUUAUAUCAGUGCCUUUCUAUUUGAAAA